UUUCCCUCCAGAGCUUCAAAGAGGUGGUAAAUGCUUCCCCUGUGCCAGAUGACCGACUUUCGCACCUUUUGCACCUUCUGUGUCAGAGGGAGGGAGAGAGAGCGCGGCGCGACUGGAGUGGCCACUUCCCUGCCAAUCUGCUGAUGGUGCGCCGGCUCCGAGUCCUUUGAGCCGAACCGCACUUCUGUCCUGAUCGAUCGGCGCGUAUCCUGCCUGUCUCUGACCUGCCCGGACGAGGAUGGACCACGGGAGCGCAUUUCGCGCCUCCGUUUUACUGGCUUGUGUGAUAAUCUGCAGCAGCGUGCUAUGUCCCGUCGGUGCCUAUCUGUACAACAACCGCUACGCUGGUGAUCAAGUCUUCAGGAUAACUCCGAGCAAUGACGAGGAGGUCCAAGCGCUCAAGAAUAUUCUGGGACAUAUGAAGGUGGACCUCUGGCAGCCCAACACCGCCUCACUAAUCUGUAAAAAUGCCACGGUGGACGUCCACGUGAAACGCAACGACACGCGGGGUUUACAUGCCCGCUUAAAGCAGCAGCGUAUUAAUUACGGCGUGUUUAUCUCCAAUCUACAGAAGGAAAUUGAAAAGCAGACGGGAUAUCGCUCGUCUCGCAAGCGGAGGUCAGAGUCUCAGUAUGACUACGAGGUUUACCACUCUCUGGAAGAGAUCCAGAGCUGGAUGUUUGAGAUGAACAGAACUCAGUCCCACCUGGUCGACAUGUUCUCCAUCGGGAAGUCGUACGAGGGGAGGCCACUUUACGUGCUUCAGAUAGGAAAGAGAAGUCGCCAUCAGAAGAAAGCCGUGUGGAUCGACUGCGGCGUCCACGCCAGAGAGUGGAUAGGACCUGCCUUCUGCCAGUGGUUCGUCAAAGAGGCCAUUAACUCAUACCAGUACGACUCUGUGACGAGACGACUGCUCAACCAGCUCAACUUCUACAUCAUGCCCGUCUUCAACGUGGAUGGAUAUCACUUCAGCUGGACCACGGAUCGGUUCUGGAGGAAAACGCGGUCCAAAAAUCACAAGUUCCACUGCCGGGGAGUGGACGCGAACAGAAACUGGAAAGUGAAAUGGUGUGAGGAGGGUGCCUCCUCUCAUCCCUGUGAUGACACAUACUGUGGUCCAUUUCCUGAGUCUGAACCUGAAGUCAAGGCUGUCGCCAAGUUCUUGCGCAAGCACAAGAAGCGUGUCAAGGCGUACAUAUCCAUCCACGCCUACGCCCAAAUGCUGCUGUACCCCUAUUCCUACAAGUAUGCCACUAUUCCCAACUUCAACUGCGUGGAGUUAGCAGCUCAUAAUGCAGUGACAGCCCUGUACUCUGCCUAUGGAGUGAGGUACAGAUAUGGACCUGCCUCCACAACUCUGUACGUCAGCUCAGGCAGCUCCAUCGACUGGGCCUACAGAAACGGGAUUCCGUAUGCGUUCGCAUUUGAGUUGAGGGAUACAGGAUACUUCGGCUUCCUCCUACCCGAAUCCCUGAUCAACCCGACCUGCACUGAGACUAUGAGGGCAGUGAAAGCCAUCGCAUCAGGCCUGCUGAAGAAGUGCGAGACAGACAGGGACAGAUUUCCAUAUAUAUGACCGAACUGCAGCUCCGCCUUCUCAGUUACUUAUCUCAACACCUCAUAUUCCUCUUCGGGAUUCAAUAUUCCUCACAGAUAUUAUCAGGCGAUGCGCUGACAAGGACCAGCAUAGCAUGAAUUUUAAUUUGCUUUUCUUGUUUUUUGACGUUGUUCACCUUGUUUUCCUUAUCAUGUGAUACGAUAUGAACUGAUAGUUGUGGGGUUUUUUGUGAUAAUAACCAGAGAACCUAUAAGUGGCCAAGCCUUUUUGUAUACAAUAAGAUCCUGCGUACAGUGUCAGACAUGAUCUUGCAGGGUCAGUGGGUCUUUAUGUGUGCCAUGCAGUACCUGAGCUUGAUCUCUAGCAUAUGAUCCUCUUCACUUUCGGAGAAAAUAAAUAAUGCAGACUCUUCCAUAGAAUAAGCUUUUUCAUGGUCAUGUUAGCACUUGUCAUGAUAUAGCAGCACUUUUUUUUUUUAAGAGAAAAACAACUAAGAUUUUAAUGUCUUCCAAAAAUAUGUUUUCACACGAACAGUUUUGGAUAAUAUAACCCUAACUCUAUUUUUAUUCUGAUUCCUUUUUAUGAAAAUGAGUCCUACAAAGUGCCAGAUUAGAUAUUCAACUUUAAAGUUUAAUGUAUGAAUGCCUUUAUUACUGCAACAUUGUUGGUGUACAUGAUAUGCUAUCACCUGACAAUCUUUGGUUUGAUUCAAAUUGAGAUGUUUUUCUUGUUAGAUGUUAGAUUUGAAGACUGAGGUUUGGGAAGAAUGACCUGUCACUACAGUAUCUCAUUGUGUCAUUACUCAGGUGUGGAUCAAUGACAGAGUCAGAAAUGUUUACUAUUGAUGACCUCUGUGCUUAAUAUAAGAUUCUAAGAAAUGUCUGACUUGAAUAAAUGUUGUUAUAUAACAGAAAUGGUUCAUGUCGUCACAUUAAUCUCCCCUCUGUCAGUCAAUCAAAGUUCUGUUUUUUUAAAUUUUGCUCAUAUUUUGUACAGGUUUUUGAUUAGUAUGUUUGGGAAUAAACAUUAUUUAAGUCA